AUGCUGGGUUUAGGUGGAGAAGAGAAGGAUAUUGGGAUGGUUAUCUACGGACUAUUCCUCAUCAGCGUGGUGCUGGCAUGCAUCGAGAAACUCGCAUUUGUCGCCAACACCGUAUCUGUGGAGCGCGACUGGAUUGUCGUCGUGUCCGAGAGUCUAUCUGUCGACCGUCAAGAGCUGAACAGCGCGAUGCGCAGGAUAGAUCUCAUCUGCAAGCUCAUCGCGCCCGUGGGCAUCGGACUCGUAGACGGAUACUCCACCAAACUCGCCAUCUGGGCCGUCUUCGCACAAAACGCGAUAAGCGUGUUGGUAGAAUACUUCGCCAUCGCGAACGUCUAUGCCGCGGUACCGGAAUUAAGUGUUGGAAAGGGCGUCGUGACGAAACAAGCGUCUGAAACGGACAUUGCUACGGAACUGCAACAGCGAGCCUCAUCGCCUAACCAGGAUACCGCACCAAAUACCACUACGCUCCGCUCCACCAUCACCAAAACUCUAACCGCACACCUCGCGCCGUAUCGCGAAUACAUCACCAACCCCGCCUUCCUGGCCUCCUUCUCCCUCUCCCUUCUCUACCUCACCGUCCUCUCCUUCGCCUCGCAAAUGACGACCUACCUCCUCACCCUCGGCUUCACCAGCACGCACGUCUCCGUCAUGCGGCUCGUAUCCGUUAUCCUAGAACUAUCCGCCACCAUCGCAGCGCCGUGGCUCAUGAACAAAAUCGGCGCCGUACGAGCAGGUCUCUGGUUCAUCAACGAACAACUCCUCGCCAUCGCCCUGGCAAUCGGCCUAUUCCACCUCUUCCCCACAACCACAGCACCGAUGCUAGCCGGCGGCGCCCUCGUAAUUGGCGUCUGUCUCUCCCGCCUCGGUCUCUGGGGCUUCGAUCUCAGCGUCCAAUACCUCGUUCAAGAAGACGCACCACCUGCCUCUCGUGGCUCUUUCUCCGCUAUCGAGAUGUCGUUACAGAACCUGUUCGAACUGCUUUCUUUUGCGACGACAAUGAUCUGGUAUAAGCCGCAGGACUUCUUCAUACCGAUUUAUAUCUCAGCGGGUGCGAUUGCGUCAAGUGCGGCGUGUUUUGCGGGCUUUGUAAGGCAGAAGAGGGGGCACUUGUUGCAUACGGAUCGGUGCUUGAAGAGGAUGGGCAAGGGGAAGAGGAUGUAUCAGGUUUUGCCUACGAUUGAGGAGGAGGAUAUGGAGAUGGAGGUUAGGUGA